GCGUCACGGUUUAAUCGUAUAAUGCAAUCGCUUCUUGUAGAGCUGUGACUUAUUCGAUGAGUGCCAAAGUUUCUAAGGAUAUUCCUGUCUUUUUUGAUUUGUUGGGAGAGCUUCAGUGCAAAAUAGAUGAAGCGACUAAGUUUAUACGUGGAGUAGAAAGUCGUGUCCAUAAUGGAGAAUUCAACACUAGCAAGGGAAUUAGUUUGUUGGAUGUCAAGUAUCAUCUGCUGCUUGGGUAUUUAAUUGAUCUUAGUCAAUGUAUUCUAAUGAAGACAGAAGGAAAAUCUAUUCACGGCAUCGAUGCAGUCAACAGACUAGUAGACACUCGAGUGAUUUUAGAAAAGUUGAGACCACUUGAACAAAAGUUAAAGUAUCAAAUUGACAAGCUAGUCAAACUUACUACAUCAGGCAUGGCAGGUUUAAGCAAUGACCCUCUGAUGUUCAAGCCAAAUCCUGAAAUGCUCAUCAGCAAGCUGCCUGUUUCUGGUGCUGUUGAAAGUGGAGGUGACGAUGGCAUCAAUGAAGACGAAGUCAGAGUUUAUGUUCCUCCACGUGUUACUGCUGUUCCAUUUGAAGAGGAUGGCAGGCAGACUAAAGAGCAGAAAGAGAAAGAGACAUUGCAAAAACGAGCUCUCAGCAGUGCAAUGCUGAAAGAACUUCAAGAUGAAUUCUGGGAUGGCCCAGAGGAGAUCAAUUCUCAGGAUUUAAGUAGCAGUUACAGAAGAAAACGAGAAUUAGAGAGCGAAAAAGAAAGGCUCCGGUAUGAAGAGGAGCAUCUUGUAAGGAUGCCAACUAGAAAACGGCAAACAGCAGUGGUUAGGACAGCAGAGCAGGAGCUGGAUGACCUAAUGCAGUUCGAUGAUUCAAGUUUCUUUACAGGAGCAGGGAAGAAGGGAAUAAAACGGAAAAGAACAUCAGGUGGUCACAACAAAGCAAAGAGAAGAAAAGCAAAGCGAACGGGUCGCACAAGGAAAAAGCACUAAGUGCAGUGAGAACACUAGUUAUAUUUGUUAUUGCUGAUUUUACAUAGUAAGCAAUGGUUUGAUUGAGAAAAUAUACUCGUGUUCUACACUA